ACAAUGCAGCUUAACGGGCCUGCAGCGUUCAGCUAGCCGUUUAUACUUACAGUUAUUAACCGUAAACCUUGAAAUGCUGUGAAAAUCACCGCCUGGUGUUUCACUUAUUUACGGUUCAGUUGCGUCGUCCCCGCGGUCCGUUUUGCCCGGAGCCGUUUCUCUGUUUAUGCUUCUCCCGUGGGUGUUUUUGUUUUGUUCUCGGUGACGGCUGGAAAUGGAGGCGGCUAACGGGCGUCUGCUGCGAGGUGUCCGGAGCACGGCGGAGGGGAGCGGCUGAAAACACGAAGAAAAGAUAAAAACAAAACGAGGGAGGGCGAAAACGGGGCGGGAGUUGAAAUUUAUUAGAAAGGCGGAUUGAAUAACCAGGUCGGUGGUCUGGUUAGCAUGGUGGAGUAGGCAUCUCCAGUUUUAACGCUAUCGGGCUCCUCCGACCGAUCGACCGACGGGCGGCUCGCUCUCACCGCGGAGGAUCACCAUGGCCCCGGGCUCGCUGGUGGCGGCCUGCCGCAGCUUGGCCCUCUCUACGUGGCUGCUCUCCUUCUGCUUCGUCCACCUGCUGUGCCUGGACUUCACCGUGGCCGAGCGGGAGGAGUGGUACACCGCCUUCGUCAACAUCACCUACGUGGACCCGGCCACCUCGGAGCUCCGCACCGAGAAGACGGAGUGCGGUCGCUACGGGGAGCACUCGCCGAAGCGGGACGCCAAGGGGGUGGUGGUCCUGCCCGCAGCCCCGCACGAUCGCCAGGCCUGCGACCCCAGCACCCGGUUCGCGGUGCCCGCACAGGCCGGGGCCUGGGUAGCGCUGAUAGCCCGGGGCAACUGCACCUACAAGGACAAGAUCCGCCACGCAGCAAACCACAACGCCUCGGCCGUGGUCAUCUUUAACGUGGGGUCCACCAAUGCUAACGACACCAUCACGAUGCCCCAUCCAGGUACAGGUGAGGUGAUCGCCAUCAUGAUCCCGGAGCCGAAAGGCCGCGAGGUCGUGUCGCUGCUGGAGCGCAACGUGACGGUCACCAUGACGAUCACCAUCGGGACGAGGAACCUGCAGAAGUACGUCAGCAGGACGUCGGUGGUGUUCGUCUCCAUCUCCUUCAUCGUGCUGAUGAUCAUCUCCCUCGCCUGGCUCGUCUUCUACUACAUCCAGAGGUUCAGAUACGCCAACGCUCGAGACCGGAACCAGCGUCGUCUUGGCGACGCGGCGAAGAAGGCCAUCAGUAAGCUGCAGGUUCGCACCAUCAGGAAGGGCGACCAGGAGACGGAGGCCGACUUCGACAACUGUGCCGUCUGCAUCGAGGGCUACAAGGCCAACGACGUGGUGCGCAUACUGCCCUGCAGACAUUUGUUCCACAAGAGCUGUGUGGAUCCGUGGCUGCUGGAUCAUCGCACAUGUCCGAUGUGCAAGAUGAACAUCCUGAAAGCCCUGGGCAUCGCUCUGAAUGCAGAUUGCCUGGACGACCUGCCGCUGGACUACGACCUGGCCCUGGGCGGCGUGGGUGGGGUCGGUGUGGGCGGGGUAGGUGGAGUCGGGGCCCUGGCUCUGGAGGCCGUGGUGUCCGGGGCCUCCAGUGACGGUACGCUGAGCGAGGGCAGCUCCUCGGUGGUGCUGGACCCCGGCGUACGGCGGGUCGGACUCCCGCAGGACUACCAGGACCCCGACACCCUGAGAGACAGCCCAGUGACGGCCACCACCGACACACACACAGGUGAGCUUCAGCCAAUGGCGAGCAGCGCCUCGGUGGCGUCAUUGGUCAUUGCCGUGGAAACAGGUCUAUCAGAUGAGGAGGGGUCUAUGGAGCAGUCUCAGCUGGGGGACAAAUCCUGAGAGGAGCACAACAGAACCAAACCAGGAACCGGGCCAAACAGACUCCGAUCAGGUUCAGAUUUUUAACCAGACUUCAGUGAACCUGAAAUCACAUCUGAGCCAAACCCGACUGCACUAGACUAAGUACGACCCGAGAUAGCUCCAGGCCCUGGUUCUGGUUUAGACUGGUUCCAAGUGGAAGCUAAACACAGAACCAGCACCAGGGUCUGACUGGGUUUUUUCCUCUUUGAACAAAUCUUUGCUAAACCGAACCAACUUGUCUGGACCAUAGGUGGACUCGAGCCUAGCUAGAACCAGGGGAUGGGUUUUUACAUAGUUGAAUAAACGUGUCUGGACUCAAACACAACUCACCGACUUGGUCUGGAUCCAUCUCUGGUCUCUUCCCAGACACUCGGUGAGGUCCGAUCCAGGACCUAACACAGUUGUUGUCCAGUUCCUUGGUCGUACCCUCAGCAGAUGUUUCUCCAAGGUUAAACUGGGAUUAAAGUCAGUCUUACCUGUCCGUGCAGAUGUCUGAAUCAACCCACAUCUGCCUCAGUUCAUGCUGUGUGUAGAAUUAGAUGUGAAUAAUCCUGGCGAUGGAAAGUUUAAUACAAAUCGACUCCUGACUUGAAGGACCUUCAGCGCGCAGACGGGAUUCAAACAGACGACCUGACAAAACCCAAGAGACACGAGGUUGAUCAAACUCACCGCGGUGCUCGUGUGAACAGGGACCUGAGAAAGUCGGCUGCCAGAAGAGGAAACGCUCAAUAUUCUUCUUCAUCAGCUAAUCUGGAGGACCUUGAUGAAUGCAUGAGAGAUCCAGGAGAGAUCUAGACUUUCGUAUUUCUACCUGUUCUUCAGUAAGGAGUGCUCCCGUCUCGGAGUAUUCAGUCACCUGGUUCUUCCAGGUGGAGCGGCACAACAACUACACAACCAUUGAACGGACAAUGACGCAGUUCUCGGGGCUGCUGGCUUCCUGUAAGAUUUGGUCUUUUUGGUUAAUUUAGCUCAUUUUGAUUUGCCUGCCAACGCGCCAGGCUCUGUUUCUUGAUGUGUGAUGGCUGACUCAUUUUGGAAGGAAGUCUUAUUUUGAAAGGACACACCAGCUACUCUGAGCAGUGGAUUCAGCUUUUGUUUUUUUUGUUUUUGUUUUGCUUUAACAGUGGACUCAUCCUGGCAGUAUUACAGCUACAGUAUUGAACAGCAACUACACACAGUAUUUUAUUUUUUCUCUCUCUCUCUUUUUUGCCUGUCUGUAUAUUUCUAGGCCUCUUUAUCUUUACAGUAUUCGGUUUGGACGCUUUCUUUCCUCGACUGUGGCUCCAAACAGGGUUCCUAUAACGUGAGAAAACCAGGUGACACUUUCCAGGGCUGUACAGAAAACGACGAGGUGUGAGGAACGUUGACGAUCUACAGCUUGGUUUUUCAGAAUGUACAAACCUUUCAGGGAAACGGUCACGAGAGAAAUGGCGCCACUAUAGAGGAGAGUUUUCAGCUGCACCAUCACCUCUUUAGAUAGUUUGUCUGUGUAUAUGGUUAAAGAAAACAUCUGUAACGCCGGGCAGACACUGUAUCUUGUUGACUCAUAAUACACAUUAUAAGACGAGUUCACACUCAGUCUAAGCACGGACUCACAAUUGGAACUUUCGUUUGAAUAUUUCAUUUAUUUUCUCAUAUUCAAACGAAAGUUCACGUCCUCAACAACGUUGACAAACCGAGACGAACGCAGCGUUACUUUGUGCAAAACUGCUAUGAAUGAAAGACGCAGAUCUCACACCAGCCGUGAUGUUGACGUUCCGUCUCGUGUAAUAACCACUCAUGACUCAGACCACACCUGUAGAGUUUCAUGACUGCACCUUGCACAGUGAUGAUUAUCACGGUUACACAGUAAGUCCACAGACAUAAACACUGCCAAAGCGCUCACAUCUAGCAUUGGCCCGAUUCUAAAUUGGGCGGGACCAGUUCACGGGUCAACUCGGGCUGAACCUGUAUAGUGUCUGCCUGGCUUAGGUUAUAAGAUACAGACUUUCCUCGUCAGUCUUCCGUCUCUCCUGCGGUGUAACGUUCGGUAAGCGUUGUCCGAACUCCCUGUGACAGUCCUCUGUUCAAAUGCCACGUAGGAACCCUGAAUAUAGUGUUGCCUUGUUUCGUUGUCUCUCUGUCCAUCCAUCUGUGCGUCUGCCUGACCACACGUGUCUCCUAGCAUGGCCUCAUGCUGCCUUUUUAAAAACACAUUGACCUUUAACCCCCGACAAUCAAGGAUUGGAUCUUUCACUCUCUUCAACCCUGCGGUCUACACUACAGUAGGUGUAGCUGCCAUCACAUAGACGUCACAUAAUCAAGCUGUGACAGACGUUAAGUUUCAGAGCUGUAGACGGACGAGAGCUUAGCGAAGAAUCCCUCCCUGCUUUAGUGAGUACCGUUCACUCCUGAUGUGUGCAACAGCUCAAAGCCAAACGUGUAAAUAUAAAAUGUAUAUUCCACAGUUUCACUACGUCACGUGGCGUUGCUGUCGGUUUGCCAAACUGCUGUGCAGACUGCGUAAGGCUUUCGGUUGUGGCGUGGUGUCGCCGGCGCCGUGAGCUUCCUGAAACAGAGAGAGAUAAAGAUUGUCGUCUAUUUUGAUACCAGAGGAGACGUUUAUUUUUGUAAUGAAGACACCCAGCAGCAAAGACUGAUUCCCUUCCCAUCCCUUCAUUACCCAUGGCCCGAUGAUACUCAAUGGGAUUAUUGAUCAGACAGAUUUAAGUGUUGAUUAUUUGUGUAAUUGUACAUACAUACAGUACGUAACGGACCUUGGUAAUAUGAAACUAUACGCCCGUAAGUUUGUCAGUAAACGUUUGGGAUCUGUCGAUGUAGCCUGACGAAACCUGAGAGAACUGAGUCUGAUCACCAGCUGGACGACCAGUUCUGUGCUCAUUAUGUUUUUUGUUUUUUCCCGCCCUCCAAAGUCUGGUGUAAAAGCUUUUUUUCACUGGUCUAAAAAAAAAAAAAGAUACGAGUUUCAUUGCAGGAAUAAGUUUAAAGAACACUAUACCACUCCAACAGUCGGUUACACAAGUGUUGCGUCCACUAUUCAACGCUAUAUAUAAAUAACAAUAUAACACAAAAUCAAACCGGUUCAGUUCCCGGUCGUUACCGUGCUGGUGUUUCCAGUCCAAACGCCGAGUUCAUUUUCUCUCAGACCGUCAGAAACCAGAAAGACUUUUAGUAUUUUUUUUUUUAAGGGUCUUCCUACUUUGCUUCCUUCCUCCUCACAGUUCAGUUUCAGGUUCAGUCAAUUACCAAGUAUAUAACAAACACUAAUUAAACACCUGUCAAAUACUGGAGAGCUUCUUUGCUGUAAUAUAUGAAGAUGAUGAAUUUGUUUGCCUUGUCUUGGCCAAGUUUCAGUGAAUAAUGUUUUAAUUAAAGUCACAUCUUUUGUGUCGUAAGCUUUAUUUUCAAUUAAUUCAGUUGAAUUUCAUGUUAUUUUCACUUUUGCACUCUUUUUUUUUUACGUGAAAGUGAACUUCACUCAACCCUCCUCUGCAUCCAGUUGUUUCAUUAGUAAAGACUGAAGCUGCUGUGUCAUGCUGCUGUCCCUUAGGGCCGGGUAUCAAACCUCAAAUCCUGCUUUAUUACCAACUGAAAUGUGUCAAAAACAUCUGGUUAGAUUCAUCAUUUCGUGUUCUCACUCUUUGAUCCAAUAGUUUCUGAUUGACGUUAAAAAUUUUGCCAACAUGCCGCUCUUUUGUUUCUGUACGCCAUCUUGUUUAGACUUCUUUCUGUAAUGUGAGAAAAAGGCAUUGAUUCGUUUUUGUAACGAAAAACUGAAUGAAUGAUACCCGGCCCUUAUACCACUCAUACACCAUUAAUACAGACCUUUGCCAAGUUAAGUAUUUCUUCCAUCAAGAUAGUAGAAAACUCAGAAAAUAUGAACAUGUGUAAUUUAAUUUCUUCAUCACGAGGCUGGAAAAUUGUUCAUGACACUAAUUUAUCGGAUCAGUGCGACAACCAAGUUUAGACUUGACAGAUAACUUUGCAUUCACGAAGAAAACCUUCCAUAAUUAUUAAAGUAUGGCUUUCAUAUCUUGUGAAUUUGAUAGGCACUACAUAAUUACCUAGCUUCAUUAUAAUAUUGUAACUGUGGCCUACAAUAUUUGUAAUUAAGAUCACAUGAUAUGUAAGGCUUAAUACAUCAUUAUUACAAGAUACAGCUGUUAAAAGGUUUGAGAUAGAUUACGGAUUCUCCUUCAUAUAACUGACAUAAUAGCUCAUAAGUACGAGAUGUUCAGAUUUAUCACGUAUGAAGUCAUAAUUCUCUUUUUGCAAUCGCCUUAAAUGGAUUUUGUACAUCAGCUUGUCAAAUGUUGGGACCCUCAUGUCACUGCCAGUAAUGACGUCUGAUUGGUUCUUUGUGCUCCUCCCCUCCCUAUUGGCUGUUUUUUGAUUGGUUGCUCAGCCCCUUUUGUUGAUGCACUUUAAUACUGUUUCUCUGGAAGGUUCUUGAUAAAGUCUUCUUGUCUCCCCCUCCCUGUCAUUUCUAUCGCUCUUCACUGUCAUUUUUUAUUUUGUUUCUCUUUCUGCUUUAUUUCUCUCAAGAUUUCUAUGUUGGAAAUGUUUUGUGAGAAGGUGCUGAGACCUUUGUGUAUUAAAAAAAGGAUCAGCCCUGCUUUUCCACUGAACUACAAAUCACAUAUUUGUAAACCGACUGCUUUUUUGCCAUAUAUUGUAAUUUUGUGUCGUAGUUUCUGAUCGCUUUCCUGAGGCGUGUGAUCCCAUUGGGAUUAAAUAUCUGACUCUGAAAGCAGCGUCAGUGUUGAACAUUUAAAUUUAAGGAUUUUUAGUCAUCGCGUUAGCAUUUAGUCACGGCUAUAGAAGAAGGAAUCAAAGAAAUUAAAGGGAAAGCAGAACGAAAGACAAAACUUUCAGACCCUUCCAGAGAGACGGCGAGAGUUGUAGGAUGAUCAGAUGAGUUUGUAGCCACGGUAACCCCUCGGCUGCCAUGACAACAGGGUGUGAUGUGGUGUCGUGUGUGUUUCUACAAUAUUAAUUGUUUUCAGAACGUCUGUCUGUGCGAUUGUCCUGUGCACGCCAACACAAAAUACACACACCCACAUACAUACGUGUAAAUACAAGGCGGUGUGAUGCCAUGUUGUUUCUGUGUUUCAGUUGUUGCACGUGUUCUGAUUCAGGACAGAAUUUAAAUAAAAUUUUAU